AUGUCGUCAUCAGAAACCUCGAUGGGCCCCAUUGGUAUCGACCUUGAUUCUCAAAAUCCCCUCAGCUCUCGUUUAGAUGAGCUCGUCCGCUCCGGUGCUUUGACGGUCGGUCAGGGUCAUGAGCUCACGCUUGACAAGGACGGCCUUCCCAUUUUCCUCGAAUCGCCCGUCGCCCCUCAGUCUGUGGAUUGGAACAGUGCCCGGAAGGCCCUUUGCCAGUUGAGGGAUCAGGGUGUUUCCCGCGAAGGGGAUGUCGACAUUAUAGCGUGGAAUAUAGCCAUGGAUGCCCAUAAAUUCACAAUGCAAAGCCUUGAGCUCUUGGAGAGUCUUCUUGAGCUUCUCGAGGCCAAGAAAUUAGAUGCCGAUCGACUGAAACGGAUCAAUGAAAUGGCUCACGAUUUCCCGGAGCACGCAUGCGAUCUAGUGGGCAUCUCCACCCCUGACGAUAUCGAUAACAAUUUAUGGGACGAUGGCCUAGCAGAGAUGGUUCUGGACAAGAACAUUAAAGUAUACCGACGCAUCAAUGAGGCCUGGUCAGCGCUCCGUGACGGCCAACGACGAGGCUUCCUAGGAUCGUCGACCGAGCCCGAGCGGCACCUCCGUCGCUUUCUCGACCUUGAUGUGAUCAAGGCACUGAAAGGAUGGAGAGACCACGAUGCUUUUGUGAUCCUGGAGCGCAAGGCUAUUACAGCUCAUCGAUUGCGACAGGCAUCGACCUAA